AUGUUUCUACAGGGAUCACCAAAAGAUAUUUCCAACCUUUCACUAUGCAUACCAUUAAGACUUUUGAAAUGUGAAUUUGUUAUUGUUCACACAUUGACUGGUCGAUGCUGGGAUGUCUGUCUGGGUGAUCAUCGCCCACCAAGCAAGCUCGAUGGAAAAACAGCCACGUGCCUCCAGAAUUGUGUAAACCGAAUGAUCGAUGCCAGUAACUUUAUGGUUGAGCAUCUCCAAAAGAUGGAAAGUGGCAAAGGAAUAUAA